AUGUGGGCUCAGACACCUCUCUGCCCACCACCACCCUCUUGCCCACCACCGCGCCCACCGCCGCCCUCUCACCCACCAUCGCCCUCUCGACCAGGAUGGCAGCGGCAGGCACAGGACAACAAUGACAGGCAACAUGACAACAACAAUGGGCACGAUGAUGAUAAGGGCAAGAGGUACAACAAUGAGGGCAGGAGGUACAACAAUGAUGACGGCGGUCAAUAUGCCCUGAAGUUCCAAGACACUGUUGAGGACCUUCCUGGCGAUCUCGAGGUGUUGACCACUUCUAUUGCGAAAGCCACAGACUGGAUGAUGUCCUUCAUGAACGCCAUCAUGGUCACCGACUUUAGCAGGAUUCAUGCACCAGGCGACCUUGACAAUUUCUCUCUCACCUCCCUCCUCAAGGCUGAGACAUCUUCCAAGGAUGAGCCAACUAUCCACCUGGCUCCCGUCUUCUGA